UGUGUGUGUGUGAGUGUAAUUAGCCUUCAGAAGCAGUGGAGUGGAGGGAGCGAGUGCUUGUCUGAGUGUGAGAAUCAGGAAAACCGUUUCAACAUGACAGCAUAAAGAGCACAAAGAAGAGCAAGUUUUAACCUUAGGAAUUUUCACAUCAAACGCACACACAUCAUUAGCUUACAUCAGCGUGUGGUGCUCUCAAUGGAAACAUCUCAAACUUGGCACAUGAACUGUUUCUCUCAACUCGGAAACAUGCAGGCAAUCCUGUUUGCAGCCGCUGUGCUCUUUGCGCACGACCUCGCCGUGGCCGAGCCGAAGACGAAAUGUCCAUCUAAGUGUGAUGUGAGUAAAUGUCCGAGUCCGAGCUGCCCGAGCGGGUACGUGCCCGACUACUGCAACUGCUGUCUGGUGUGCAGCCUGGGCGAGGGCGCGCCGUGCGGUCGGAAGGACGAUGCUCCGUGUGGCGACGGGCUAGAAUGUACAUUUCCACCCGGUAAGCGAUUUUCCAAAGGUGUUUGCCAGUGUAAGACAACUCAUAGAGUGUGUGGCAGCGACGGAAAGACCUACGGAAAUGUGUGCAAGAUGAGGGCAGCCGCGCGUAAAGCGCAACAGCGAGGGCUCCCCAUAAUAUCCCAAACGCAUAAGGGUCCAUGUGCACCAUUGAGCUCAGGUCCUGCACAUCUGAACAGCCCAAGAUACAAGUUUAACUUUAUCGCUGAUGUGGUGGAGAAGAUUGCCCCGGCUGUGGUACAUGUCGAGCUCUUCCUGAACCAUCCACUCUUUGGUCGUCAUGUACCUUUGUCAAGCGGUUCUGGAUUCAUAAUGACACGGUCCGGUCUGAUUGUGACCAAUGCUCAUGUGGUUGCUAGCAGUGCACCAGUUACCGGCCGUCAAAAUCUACGAGUGCAGCUACACGAUGGCCAGACAUACGAGGCCUCCAUCAGAGACAUCGACAAGAAAUCUGACAUCGCAACUAUCAAAAUUAACCCGAAGAAAAAGUUGCCAGUGUUGUCACUGGGUCAGUCUGCUGACCUGAGGCCCGGUGAGUUUGUGGUUGCCAUUGGCAGUCCAUUUGCGCUUCAGAACACAGUCACAACAGGCAUCGUCAGCACAACACUGAGAGAUGGAAAAGAGCUCGGCAUCCAUGACUCUGACAUGGAUUACAUCCAGACUGACGCUAUCAUCAAUUAUGGAAACUCAGGAGGUCCACUUGUUAAUCUGGAUGGUGAGGUGAUCGGAAUAAACACACUAAAAGUCACAGCAGGGAUCUCUUUUGCAAUUCCGUCAGACCGAAUCAGUAAAUUCCUUGAUGAAUCUAAUGAUAAAGAGCAGAAAGUCAAACAAAGGGUAGUCAGGACAAACUUCACACAGUCUCAAGCUAUGAAGACUGCCCCAGAUCUAAAAGUCCCCAAGAAAAGGUUUAUUGGAAUCAAAAUGGUCACUUUAACAGAGAACGUAGUCCAGGGGUUAAAAUGGUAUAAUUCAGACUUUCCAGAUAUCGGCAGUGGAAUUCUUGUCCAUGAAGUUGUCCCAGACUCCCCAGCUCAGAAAGGUGGGCUCGAAACAGGUGAUGUCAUAGUGAAGCUAAACGGCCAUCCUUUGGUCAACACUGGAGAAUUACAGGAGGCGCUUCAGGAAGACAUGCCCCUCCUUCUGGAAGUUCGGCGUGGUAAUGAUGAUCUACUAUUUAACAUUGAGCCUCAUGUCCUCAUGCAGUGACAAUGCCAGAGAUGGGAACCCGGAUGUGUGAUAUGAAGGACAAACAUGCGACUGGUAGAAGUGUGCUUGAGUUUCUUCAGAUGGAUGGAAAUGUGAAGAUAGAGGAGCACAAUUAACAGGUCUUUGCAUCUGGGUUUCAAAAGAAAAAUUAGGAAGAAAAAAAACUAUUAUGUACUGAACUCCUUCUGACCAGUGUCGUACUUUUUUAAAAAUUAAAAAUUUGUAAUGCUAUUUUACAGUACAAC